GAGUCGGUGGUCACCCUGACACGAUCGUCUUCACCGGCGCGAUGUUCCGGUGCUGCCUGGCCGUCGCCCUCCUCCUGGCGUGCCUCCUGAGCUUUCCCAGUAACAGCGCUUCCGCAUUUGGACCCCUGAACCAUGCCUGCUGUGUAAAGUACACUGUCAAGCCCUUGCCCUUCAAUUCGAUCAAGGGCUUUGUGGAGCAAAGCUCCCGAGAGAUCUGCCGCAUUGAUGCCAUCAUAUUCUACACCAUUCGUGAUAAGAAGGUGUGUGCCAGUGCUAAAGAUGAGUGGGUGAAGCAAUACCUCUUGCGUCUCAGCUCUAAAAUGAAGACACUGGUGGCCAACGCUCAUGCCAGAUCCACUAACGGCAGCACAAACAGUAACACAGAGCCUUAGCAUUCUACGUGUAUAUGGCUUUUGUGUUCCACUUUGCUUAUAUUUACACUCACAGCAUAUAUCACAGUAAUAUGCACUGUUGCAGUACAGUAAUAUGCAAAAUAGCAAUAUGCACCAAUAAAUAGUCACAAUUUGCUCCUAUAAACAUACAGUACUAUCGCAGAUAUAGUUUUUCUUGUGAUUUUCUUUUAACCUUAAGCUGAUUCAUUAUGCAUUAAUCAAAUUUGCAUUAAUUGUUAAAAUAAGUCUGAAAAAUAUGCUUGUCUUGCUUCCUUAUGUAACAAAAUAAAUCAAAAUAUUAAAUAGCAUUAUUUUGUUCUUG